CUGUGCUGUGAGCCCAGCCCACACACACACAGCCCAAUCAGGCUAGCAGGUCCCAUGGCCCACUGUCCCUUUCGAUGAACCAAUUGCUUCUUCCCCCAACUACCAGCCUUUCCCCUUCCUUCUCUAAUCAGCUUCUAUCCAUCUGGCCAUUGAACAAUCUCCGAUAUCCUGUCAAAAAAAAAAAAAACUCCGAUAGCUAGCAGCUUGCCUGAUUGAUCAUCCCGGAAGAUCAAGCACUGAAACUCCAAUUUCAGUUCAGUUAUCACCGAGGACACUGACUGAAGUAGAGAUGGCGGAGCGUUCAGAGAACGCGGCGGGGGACAUGAUGAGCAACAUCAUGGACGCCAUCGCCGAGAACCUCCCGAACAAGAAGUCCGUCAGGUUCGACGACGGCGAGGGCUCCAUCUCCGACCAGGCCAGGAAGCUGUUCGGCGGCGGCGGGCAGGGCGGCAAGAAGUCCGUCCACCACGUCCUGGGCGGCGGCAAGUCCGCCGACGUGCUUCUGUGGCGGAACAAGAAGAUCUCGUCGAGCGUGCUGGGCGCAGCGACGCUGGCCUGGGUCUUGUUCGAGUGGCUCGACUACCACUUGCUCACCAUCGCCAGCUUCGCGCUGGUGCUCGGCAUGGCCGUGCAGCUCGCCUGGUCCGCGCUCGCCUCGAACGUGCCCCGCCUCGAGGUGCCGGAGGAGGUGUUGGCCGACGCUGGCAGGGCCGCCGGCGCGCAGGUGAACCGGGCCCUGGGCGCGCUCCAGGACAUCUCCUGCGGGAGGGACCUGAGGCGGUUCCUCAUCGUGAUCGCCGUGUUCUUCGCGGCCGCGGUCGUCGGGAGCUUCUGCAACUUGCUGACGGUCAUCUACAUCGGGUUCGUGUGCGCGCACACGCUGCCGGUGCUGUACGAGAAGUACCAGGACCAGGUGGACGAGUUCCUGUGCAGCAUGCUGGGCCUGCUGCAGAAGCAGUACCAGAAGCUCGGCAGCAAGGGCGUCCUCGGCAAAGGGAAGGCCAGGAAGAGCGACUAGCUGGUUGGUUCGAUCUGCUCUGCCUGUGUAACAUAAUCUGCUGGGGUGGACGGCUGGUCCACUGAUACGCCUGUCUGCAUGUACGCAGCCAGCUGCGGUUUCCUGAAACCAACUCGAUGCCUGUACAGUGCUGAAAGUACUUGCUUGUGUAAUGCACUACAGUAAUGCUUUAGUAGCUUCGAAAACAGCGCAUUAAACGAGGUUCUUCUUGGGAGCUGUAGCGACCUCAAAA